AUGUGCUCUUAUUUUGAAAUCCCGCGUCUGUCUGUGGUCCUUCCCUCUGAGCCGCGGAGGUCAAACUCGGCGGAGAACUCCCAGUCUGAGAUGUUGAGAUCAGCUGCUCUGCGGAUGGUGGAUCUGCCGCUGUCCGUCUAUGGCUCUCUGACUCAGGUGAGUGUGAGUCCCGGUACCAAGCGCCUGAUAGCAGCCACAGCCUUCGGGGCGGUCUCUCUGCUGUACCUGGCGCGGCGCUUGCAGAGGAGGAAGAGCCGAAAGAGGAGACCGGCCCCAACACAGGACUGGGACCAGGUGGACUUUGAGGCGUUAGCCAAAGCCUCAGCACAGCGGCGCAGCGGUACAUCUGGGCCUCCUCCUGAAGCAGAGCCGUCUUUGCCGCUGCACAAUGGGAGCUCCACGGGUUUGGUCAUCACCACCAGAAGCUACAGAGCUCUGUCCGGCUCCCUGCAGAGUCUGGCCUCGGUUAAAAGCGUGACCUCCUCCAGUAGCAGCACCUGUGCCAACGAGUCCUCGUGUUGGGACCGACCAGAGGACCUGGGCAGCGUGUUGAAUCUGCCUGUGACCACGCCGGAGAACCUCUAUCUCAUGGGUAUGGACCUGUUCGAGGAGGCUCUGAGACGCUGGGAGGAGGCUUUGACUUUCCGGAGCAAACAAAGUGACGAUGAUGAUGAUGAUGAUGACUGUGGAUCCAUCAAAGCUGGAGACGCCAUCGCAGAACAGAGCAUGGAGGAUGUGAUCAGUGCAGAGUUUGUCCACAGACUAAAGUCUCUCCUGCAGAGAGCGUAUCAUCUACAGGAGGAGUUUGAAGGAGUCCUGGGCAUGUCCGCAUGCAGCAGCCAAGCAGAGAAAAUGGCGGAGCUGUUGUCCAGUGAGGAUGUGGACGAGGCGUAUCUCAGAGACAGCGUCAGCAUCGCAGACUCCACAGACUCCUUCGUGUCGGCCGCGGAGACUGAACAGAGAGAGCUGCGGAACGUUCUGGGCCAUCAUCCGUUUUACGACGAGGCUUUUCGCUCGGCAGAAGAAGGAAACAUCACCUGCAGAGUCCUCAGGACAGAGAUGUUGGAUUGUCUCGGAGACCUGGACUUUCUCGCAAAGUUGCACUGCGUUCGAGAAGCCUGCGAGCUCAUUUUGUGUGAAAGAACCACUCGAAUGUUUUUGGCUGAAACAGGAAAGAAAACGUUGUCCUCGAUCAUCGUGACGGCUCAGAAGAAUCCAAAACGCUUUGAAGAAGUUUUUGAGGAACUCAUUUCAUUCCUGGAAAACUCCGAUCACUGGGAAAACACGGAAGUGGAACUGGCAACACGAGGGGUGAAACAUCUGAACUUCUUCGACAUCGUUCUAGACUUUAUUCUGAUGGAUUCUUUUGAGGAUCUGGAGAAUCCUCCGAUCUCGAUCCAGAACGUGAUCGGGAACAGAUGGCUCAACAGCUCCUUCAAGGAAACGGCGGUGGCAUCGAGCUGUUGGUCUGUGCUGAAACAGAAGAGACAACAUAUGAAGGUCCAGGACGGCUUCAUUGCUCACUUCUACAGUGUGUGUGAACAGAUCAGUCCAGUUCUGGCCUGGGGCUUUCUGGGCCCAAAGACUUCUCUGCACCAUCUCUGCUGCUUCUUCAAGGACCAGGUGCGCUGCUUCCUGAGGGACAUCUUUGACCUGGAGAAGGUGCGGUUCGUCUCCGUGGAAACGCUGGCGGAGGAUAUCCUCCGGUUGCUGCACAGACGCUCAGAGCUGCUGCUGGCGUUUGUGGGAGAAGAGUCACUCGACAACCUCAACAUCUGCAACAACAACAACGAGCUACACCCGGAGCUCUGA